AUGGGCGACCGUGAAGUUGAGCUUAAAGAAACGCCUCCAGCGGCGGCGGAUACUCCACCUUCUCCGCCAGUCUCUGCUGUGCCGCCAAGGAUGGUGGAAGAGAGUGUCGCAGAGACUGGAUCUAGCCCACAAGCCGGCCAGGUUGAGAAUCUUCCACGUGGUGGACGAAGAGUCAGCUCGAUUGAGCCCGUCAAAGGAGCUCCACCUCCAAAGCGGGCUUCCGUAGUGGUGUUCGAGACACCUGACACACCACCAGCGCAAAAGUACGUAAUCUUUCAGCAUUCACCACAUCCAUCCACAAAUGCUAGAAGAAACGAACAGUAUUUGCCACAUUGA